AAACCAUGAUGCCACAACACCCUCUAUACUCAAAACGAUGUCCCAGCAAAUCCACCUCCUCGUCCUUGUUCAUGGAAUGUGGGGAAACCCUUCGCAUCUUCAACAACUCGAGCUUCUGGCUUCUCGAAAGCCAGAGUUCCAUGUCAUGUUACCUCAGACAAACGCUGAAGACUCGACCUACGACGGCAUCGACUGGGGCGGUGAACGUGUUGCUCAGGAGAUCCUCGACGCCGUCCACGACCUCUCUCAAGAAGGAAAAACCGUUACAAAGUUCUCUAUAACCGGAUACUCCCUGGGCGGUCUCGUAUCUCGCUAUGUUAUUGGCAUCCUACACCAAAAGCGUUUCUUCGACACUGUCGUUCCAGUUAAUUUCAACACAAUCGCUACACCACACCUUGGCUUGCCAAAAUAUCCCAAUUUCCUAUCGCUCUUGGGGAAUGUGAUGGGGCCACGGCUAUUAUCGAGGACGGGCGAACAGUUUUAUUGCGUCGAUAAAUGGUCGAAUACGGGAAGGCCUUUAUUGGAAGUAAUGGCGGAUCCUCAACGCGUUUUUUAUCAGGUGCUUGAAAAGUUUCAGGAGAUUAGAGUUUUUGCAAAUGGCGUUUACGACAGAACAGUCCCAUACGUAACAGCAGCCAUCGAAAUCGACGAUCCAUUCAUCGAUUACAUGACGAAUGAUAUUCAAAUUACUUUCCACGACGAUUAUCCACGCGUAAUCAAAUCAUAUUCGCUGCCUCCUGCGCCAUCAUCAUUAAAGCGCAAAUCUGAAGACAAGUCAAGGAAACCACCUGCUCUCCUCCCAUUCGCCUGGUUCCGAUUCCCUAUAAAUAUUGCCAUAUAUGCGCUAUUACCUCUCAUUUUACCGGUCGCCGCCACCUUCGCUGUGGUGAGGUUUACGAAGGCUAGCAAAAAAUCAAAGGCCCGGAUAAAGCUCAUGGAAGAAGGAGACGAAAAUUUGGCGAAGGCUUUGGCCAAGUUGGAGGAGGCGGUUGAAGAGCUCAUGGACGAAUCACAACUUCCUACUACCGCUAGAGAGGUAGAUUCGUCCUCACCGACACCUGCACUCACUGCUACCCCGCCUAAAGGAGUGUUGUCACCUUUACAGAGAAAGAUGGCGAGCCAGCUGAAUAAUCUUCCCAUAAAGAAAGAGGUGGCGUUUUUGGAUGAAGUUUAUAAUUCGCAUGGGUCAAUUAUCAUGCGGGACUUGGAGAGGUUUACGUUCCAGAGGUGUGGCGAGGGGCUGGUUAGGAGGUGGGCGGAUCUGUUGCAAACAUAGACGAUGAGCGAGGGACUUUUAUCUCUUGUACUUGGGGCGCGUUUUAGACUUUCUAUACCAUCAUUCUCUAUCUUUAUUAUCUAAUAUCUUUAUUAUCUCCCUAUACCUUGAGCCUGACAGCGGUAACUCAGCUCGAAAGCCGAAGGUGAUUCCCUGUUGUUUUCUGAAGAAACGAGUGGAUCCUGGAGGAGUUUCUUAGGGGAAAGGGGUUACAACCGAAUUCUGCACUUCUACGUAUACGGAGUCAGCAGUGGUGAAACAAAACAUAUCCAACAAUUUACCAGUGAGGAAGUGGCACAACCAAAGGUAGCACAUUGUCCAGGAGCGAUGGAAUCAGAUGCUGAAAGGGCCUCACGACUUUGAUUCGAC